UCUGUCCAAUCAGAGAUAAGCUUCUGCUACCCGCCAUUUUGCUCACAGUUUUCUUCCAUACUCUUGAACCAGCAAUUCUUUGUUAAAUCAAGUCUACAGUUAAAUUUAAUAAUUACCGUUUAAUUACAAUUAACUGGUUUUAUAUUUAUUAAAAUUCAACUAAUCAAGGUUGUCCAUCUUCCAUUACUGUGACUUCAAUAUCAACAUAAAGCAGCUUUAAAACAAAUUACCUCAAAACUCACUAAUUCUCACAAGGCGCAGCUUAUUGUCCAUUAUCAUCCACCAAAUUCCAUCAAGAUAUAUACAUACUUAUAUAUAUCUAUCGUUAUAAAUUACAUACCAUUUUAUCAUAUUCAUUAUUGUUAGUAGGAUUAUACUAAAGUUGACAUAAUUUAAUCAUGCCACAAACAAGAAGCAAGAGAACCGCUACUCCAGUUAAAGACGGACAAAUUGAUGGUGAUGCCAUUGAAAUUAAAAAGAGUAAAAUUGAAAACAAUGACUCUGUCGAAGAAGUCUCCGCGUCUACAGAAGCUAUCAAAACCAAUAAUGAAGCUGAAGUAACCAAUGGAAAAUCUGAAGCUGUUUCUGAAAGUAAACCUGAAGUCGAGGAAGCUGUCGAAAAGAAAACAUCCAAUGGAACAUCUGAGGCAGUAGCUGAAAAUGGUGAAGCUAAUGGUGACCACUCCGAAGCUAAACCAGAAGUUAAAGAAGAUUUAGUCGAAAGCAGCGAAUCUGAAAAAGUAGAGAAAGUAGAGAAAGUAGAUGGUAAAGUUGAAGAAUCAGCAGUGUCAGCAGAAGCUACCUCAAAUGAAGCUAAUGAAGUAAAACCAGAAGCUGAGGCUGAAAAGAAAGAAGAAACAGUUGCUGAAACAACCACUGUCGAAAGUACUGAAGCAGUUAGUAAACCUGAGGAAGUUGCUGUAAGCGAUGACCAAAAGAAGCCAGCUGAAACAGUUGAAGAACCAAGUGAAGCUGUUUCAUCAAAUUAACAUUAAGCUGAUAAGCGAUCUAUAAAACCCAUUGUUUUCAUCUAAAUCCACCUUCGACGUAUAAAUUUACUCUCUAUUCUAUCUUCAAACUCUCCAUUUGAACAAAAAAAUUUUCCGAAUACAGUUCCUUCAUUUCCAUUUUUUUCUUUAUAAUUGUCUAAAUUACCGUUGUCAUACAAUCUCAGUUUAUUUACCAUUUCUUAAAUGAAAAAAGAAAAAGGAAACAAAACUUAAACCAAAUCCACGUGGAUCAAGCAAAAACAAUACCUUCAACUUAACAUUUACCAAGAAAUAACGACCAAAAAAGUAUACUUGGGAAACAGCAAAGGCAAAUUUUUCAAUAAGUCAUUUUCAACAACUGUUUGAAACUGUAUUGCAUUCGAAGACUUUCUGUAACCCGUUUAAAUAAAUAAUAAAGAGACAUUUUCCUGGUACA